AUGUCCGCCUUCUCCUCGUCAUCUAUGCGUUCUUUUCUGCGCGCUGCUCCGCGCGCAGCUACCCCCGCGCGCACAUUCACCACUUCGCCAGCGCGUUCUAUCGCCCGCAUGAACAUCACCGGUCGUCUCGGUGUCAAUCCAGAGGUGGCCACUUUGCCAAAUGGUCAGGAGUUUGUGAGGUAUUCAGUGGGCACAAAUGGCGGCUCUCGGGACAGCCAGACAAGCUGGUUUCGAAUUUCGGCCUUCGUGUCGGACGCCCAAAGGGAGUUCCUUCUGCAGGUGCCAAAGGGCUCCCUCGUAGCUGUUGAUGCCACGGCAACCCACAGCAAAUAUACCGCUGCAGAUGGCAAAGAACAGUACGCCCUCAGACUCACGCAACGCAGCUUCGAAUAUCUUUCGCGCCCCCACGGUGCUAAAGCCGACGCGGGUCAUUCGGAGUAA